AUGAGAUGGCAUUACGAGCAUCAAAGCGAGUCCAAUAUCCUGUGUCAUCCAUCAGAUGAAGCAGCAUGGAAACACUUUGAUCGAACAUAUCGAGAUUUUGCUUCAGACCCACGAAAUAUAAGAUUAGGUUUGUGCACGGAUGGUUUUACUCCUUUCGAACAAUCUGGCAAGAAUUAUUCAUGUUGGCCUAUCAUUUUGACUCCUUAUAAUUUACCUCCUGGGAUAUGCAUGAAAAGGGAGUUUAUGUUGCUGACAGUAAUCAUUCCGGGUCCCCAAAAUCCGAAGAGUAAAAUCGAUGUUUAUCUACAACCACUGAUAGACGAGCUCAAUCAAUUGUGGUGCGAAGGUGUGACAACCUACGAUGUGCGUGCGAAAGAAAAUUUUGUUAUGAGAGCUGCACUAAUGUGGACUAUCAACGUCUUUCCUGCCUAUGGUAUGCUGUCUGGAUGGAUGACACAGGGGAAGUUAGCAUGUCCUUGCUGCAUGGAACGUUCAAAGGCGUUUACUUUGAAAAAUGGUAGGAAAAAUUCAUGGUUUGAUUGUCACAGACAGUUUUUGGACACGACACAUCCAUUUAGACGGAAUAAAGAUGCAUUUUUAAAGAAUCGAAUUGAGAUAUCAGAACCUCCUCCAUAUUUUUAUGGGGAAGAAGUGUUGGCAAGAAGUUUUAGAGUUGGUGGAAUGGCAAUGGCAAAACUCUCAAACCGAAAGCAAAAAAGGGUUGUUUGUCAUUGGGUCUCAAGUUUGAAGUUGCUAGACGGCUAUGCCUCCAACCUCGGCAGGUGUGUAGACAUGAGAGAAGGAAAGCUGUUCGGGAUGAAAAGUCAUGACUGUCAUGUUUUCAUGGAGCGACUUCUUCCAAUUGCAUUUAGGGCAUUGUCGGAGCCCAUUUGGGCUGCCAUUACUGAGCUGAGUCACUUUUGUAGAGAUAUAUGUUCAACUACAUUGCGCGAGGAUCAAUUGACCAUCAUGGAGGUGAAUAUUCCCAUGAUCCUUUGUAAAUUGGAGCGUAUAUUUCCCCCAUCUUUCUUUGAUUCUAUGGAACAUCUCCUUAUACAUCUACCAUUCGAAGCAAGGAUGGGUGGGCCUGUACAAUACAGAUGGAUGUAUCCGUUUGAAAGGUUCCUUCACUUCCUAAAGAAGAAUGUUAAAAAUAAAUCUCGUGUAGAAGGAUCUAUUUGUGAAGCAUAUAUAGUCGAAGAGACAUCAACAUUUGCUUCAUAUUACUUUGAACCACAUGUGACCUCUCGACGAACCAGAGUGCCUCGAAAUGAUGAAGGUGGUACUUUCAACCCGGAAUUCCCUACCAUUUCAAUCUUCAAUCAACCUGGUCGUCUUGUUGGUGAGGCUGGUAGGCACUACCUCACUGAUAAAGAAUAUGAUGCAGCAACAUUAUACAUGUUUCUGAAUUGUGAUAUUGUCCAGCCAUUUAUAAAGUUUUGUGCGAGCAUGAGCACCUACGUAUAUGACCCACAAAACAUGAUUGAGGAUGAACUAAUACGAGAUGUGUCCAGAGGACCAUUGAGGAGGCUUGAGAUCUGGAAUACGUAUUAUGUCAAUGGAUACAAAUUCGACACUGAUGCCAGAAGUGAAGGCAAGUCAACAAUCAAUAGUGGUGUAUGCAUACGAGGGACUGAUUAUGGACAAUCAGAAUAUGACUACUACGGAAUAUUGAAAGAGAUUGUUCAAUUGGAUUUUUUCGGACUACCGAAAAAAAAUUGUUCUUUUUAA